CGGUGUUGCUAGGAUAUUAGUUUAUCAACAUGCUGAGCCUUUGCUACUGCUGUGUGACCAGAGAACACUGCAAGAAAACUACUUUGGGUAUGGAUGUUAGCUUUUAAAACAAGGAACCACAAUACAAGGCCCAUCCCCAAAGCUGGUUAAACAAAAUGAAAACUGAUUCUGUAUUUGUUAUCCCUUGGAGGUACAAAAUGAGGAGAAAGUUGAAGAAGCAGUACAAGCCUCAAAGUUUUUCACAGAUUCCCCACAUUCGAGUCCCUGCAUCUGCCAUGGGCAGUUCAUUACUGAAGGACCUAAAUCAAGGGCAGCGGUGCUACUUGUACAGCAUCAUGAGGAUUUAUGACUCCAGGCCCCAGUGGAAGGCCCUACAGACCCGCUAUAUUCACAGCCUUGGGUACCAACAGCAGCUGGGUUACAUCACUCAACAGGAGGCCCUGUCUUGUGCUGCCGCUCUUAAACACUCAACCAUGCGAGCCUCAGGCAUGGAAGCUCCUCGAAGGACCAUUCCCCCAAAGUCUUCAGCCAUUCAAAGACAGAGUCAACAAGCAAAACCAGGGUUUGGAGUUGGACCCAGACCCCUGCACAGCACACAGAGCAUCAAGACCCAAGAUUAAGCAUCCUCUCUGAAAUGGGCAGCUCAUCUGUGUAUUCUUGGCAUUUUUAGUGGAAGCUUGGAAUGUGUUUGUUGAAUGACAAUGAAUAAAAGAAUACUAAUACAAACUCUAGACCCAUAAAUCAUCCCUCC